CUCGACUGGACUGCUGAGAAGUGAUCAAAGGUAGGGGACACCUGCGUCCAACGCAGCCAAGUGCAGACGUGGCUGUGUUUUGACAGAGCAGUUGGAGAUAAUGUCUACAGUCCCAGCAGAGUUUGUUGUUCUUGUUUGACAAGGGAGGAACCCUCAGGGCUGUUGUAGCCAAAAGUGAGCUGUCUGUUGGUGCACAGCACAGGUCCAGCGAUGUCUAAGUGGCUGAUUGAUGGUGAGGUGCUUGAAAGUCAAGGGAGCGGCGAGGCAGUACCCGUAAGCCCACGACCUCAGGGGCUGUCGGCAGGGAGCCCCAGACCUGGCAGGGGUCGUAGCCCACUGAGCUCACCCAUCAUUAGAAAGGAAGCAGCAGCAUCAAGCCCGCAAGCAGAGACCAUGAGCAAGGCGAAGGAGCUGUUUGUACUGUGUGACAAAGAGGGGAAAGGCUUCAUCACGAAGCGGGAUAUGCAGAGGCUGCAGAUGGAGUUGCCUCUGUCGCCCGAACAGCUGGAGACAGUGUUUGAGAGUCUGGACCGUGAGAGCAAUGGAUUCCUUACUCCGGUGGAGUUCAGCACAGGACUUGGUGAGCUGAUGGGGCAGAAUGACAUGACAGCGCAAAAUAAAGACCUUACAGACAAGGACAGAGACCAGGUGGACUGGUCUGAGGACUCGACUGCAAUUAGACUCACAAACAUACUAAAUGAGCUUGGCGCAAAUAAACUUUUUGACAGUCAGCAGGAGCUCUGUUCUCUCUGGUGUGAGCUGCAGAGAGAGCACCCAGAGCUGCUGAGUCUCUUGGAAGGCAUCCUGCUCCAUGCUGUGACCCAUCUGCAAGACUCCAUCAGAGAGAGAGACAGUCUAGAACAAGCUUUGCGCAGACGUGAGAGUGAGCAUGAUCAAGUUGUUAGGUCCAUCUAUGAAGAAAUGGACAACCAAAUCCGUGAGGAGAAAGACAAACGCCUUGCUCAGGAGAGCAUCAGACAGAAGCAGAGAGGCUUGCAGCUUGAAGAGGAGUUGAAGAUGCGGGACGAAGAAUUGGAGAUCAUGCUGAGCAGACAGAAAGAGCUGGACAUCAGAAUGCAGCAGCUGAUCUGUGAGCAGGUAAGCAUGAAGGAGAAGAACCAGCAGCUGCGCGCCCUCAACAUGCAGCUCCAGGAGCAGGCGGAGAGCAGCAGAGAGCAGCUGCAGUCUGCUUUGGGGCAGCUGGCCCAGCUGCAGCUCAGCGCUGCCAAGGAGCAAGUGGCCAGACAGCAAAAUGUCAUAAAAGUGUCAAGAAACAUGCAGAAAGAAAAGGAAAGUCUCUUGAGACAACUGGAGUUGUUGAGGGAUAUGAACAAAACCCUGCGAGACGAGAAAGAUGCCCAGCUGACCAAGAAGAGGGUUAGUCACAGACGCCCGCUCCUUCCUCCUCUGCCGCUAACCUAUGACCUCAGUGCAGACUUUUACACUGCAUGGACACAGCACAUUUAUCCUCCCUAAGCUAAGUCUGGGAACAGCAGUCUUCUUCCUUCCCGCCUCCUGGCCAUGAGUCUUUAAACAGCAGCUUGUCACUGAUUGAACUCAGUCGACAUCUUGUGCAUGCGUGGAUGCGAUGGUUGAACUGAAGGAUUGUGUUGAGAACAUUCAUUCUGUGUGAUAUUCUGAACAUUGAUGCCUCUCGCAGACACAGAAAGCUGUGUCUCAAUUCAAGGCAUUACAAAUUCCUUUAUUACAUCUCCAUUCCGUGCGCUAUUUGUGGGGCUAAAAAUCAAGGCAGUUCACUGCAACAAACAACCAUGCAGAAAAUGCUAACAAAAUGACGUGAAACAUCACUUGUUAAUAACCAUCUUGUACUGUCCUGCAUCAGAUACAAUCAAAUGAGUGUGCUUAUGCUGUGAAGCUAUUUGUUCCACAGAAUAAAUGUCACUCCUGAGGACUGGGUUCUUCUUUAAUGUAUACACAGUGCAAUAUUGUAUAUUAUAUUAUUAUAUAUUAUACAGGACAGUAUCUGUAAAGCUGCCAAUGUGUAUGAAUGGUGUUAACUAAUAUUUCACAUUAUAUCACAGCUAAUUUCCUCUUUCUCACUUCCCACAAAAACAU